CGCGCGUGCUCGCCGUGGGCGCGUGCCCCGCCAGCCCUGGGGGCCCCCGCGGGGUUGCAAGGAUGACCGAAGGGGCGGAGGCGGCGGCCGCGCGUUGAGCGGAACCUGCCGAAGCCCUCGCUAUGGGGCCGCGCGCGCUCUCGCCCCUUACCUUUCUGCGACUAAGGUGGCUGCUGGCGUGUGGCUUGCUGGGCCCGGUCCUCGAUGCCGGGCGGCCAGACUUUGAGCAGACCAUCCAUCUUUCUUCUUAUGAAAUUAUAACUCCUUGGAGAUUAACUAGAGAAAGAAGGGAAGCUCUGAGGCCCAAUUCAAAGCAGAUCUCGUAUGUCAUCCAGGCCCAAGGAAAACAGCAUAUUAUUCACUUGGAAAGAAACACAGACCUUUUACCUAGCGAUUUUGUAGUUUAUACCUACGGUGAGGAAGGCUCCCUACUCUCUGACCAUCCCAACGUACAGAGCCACUGUCAUUAUCGAGGCUAUGUGGAGGGAGUGCCGAAUUCUGCGGUUGCUGUCACUGCCUGCCUUGGACUCAGAGGAUUGCUGCAUUUGGAGAAUGCCAGUUUUGGAAUUGAGCCUCUGCACAACAGCUCACACUUUGAGCACAUAUUUUACCCAAUGGAUGCUGUCCACCAGGAGCCUCUGAGAUGUGGAGUCUCUAACAGGGACACAGAGAAGGAAGCCACCCAGGGGGACGAGGAAGAGCGCCCGAGUGUCAGUCAGCUGCUGCGUAGAAGAAGAGCUGUUCUCCCGCAGACCCGCUAUGUGGAGCUGUUCAUUGUUGUAGACAAGGAACGGUAUGACAUGAUGGGACGGAACCAGACCGCUGUGAGGGAAGAGAUGAUCCGCUUAGCCAACUACCUGGAUAGCAUGUACAUCAUGUUAAACAUUCGAAUUGUGCUGGUUGGACUAGAAAUUUGGACAGAUAGAAAUCCUAUCAAUAUAAUCGGAGGAGCUGGAGAUGUGUUGGGAAACUUUGUACAGUGGCGGGAAAAGUUCCUUAUAACUCGGCGGAGACAUGACAGUGCACAGUUGGUUUUGAAGAAAGGCUUUGGUGGAACUGCAGGAAUGGCAUUUGUAGGAACAGUAUGUUCGAGGAGCCACGCAGGUGGGAUUAAUGUGUUUGGGCAAAUCACUGUGGAGACAUUUGCAUCCAUUGUUGCUCAUGAAUUGGGACAUAACCUUGGAAUGAAUCACGAUGACGGGAGAGAGUGUUUCUGUGGAGCAAAGAGCUGCAUCAUGAGUUCAGGAGCCUCAGGGUCCAGAAACUUCAGCAGUUGCAGUGCCGAGGACUUCGAGAAACUAACUUUGAACAAGGGGGGGAGCUGCCUGCUUAACAUCCCGAAGCCCGACGAGGCCUACAGCGCACCCUCCUGUGGUAAUAAGCUGGUGGAUCCCGGGGAGGAGUGUGACUGCGGCACACCAAAGGAAUGUGAGUUGGACCCAUGCUGUGAAGGAAGCACUUGUAAGCUCAAGUCGUUUGCUGAGUGUGCAUAUGGAGACUGUUGUAAAGAUUGCCAGUUCCUUCCAGGAGGCUCCAUGUGCAGAGGGAAAACCAGUGAGUGUGAUGUCCCUGAGUACUGCAAUGGCUCCUCCCAGUUCUGCCCACCAGAUGUCUUCAUUCAGAAUGGAUAUCCUUGCCAGAACAGCAAAGCCUACUGCUACAAUGGCAUGUGCCAGUAUUAUGACGCACAGUGUCAGGUCAUCUUUGGUUCAAAAGCUAAGGCUGCCCCAAGAGAUUGCUUCAUUGAAGUGAAUUCUAAAGGUGACAGAUUUGGCAACUGUGGUUUCUCUGGCAGUGAGUACAAGAAGUGUGCCACCGGGAAUGCUUUGUGUGGGAAGCUUCAGUGUGAGAAUGUUCAGGACAUGCCCGUGUUUGGAAUAGUGCCAGCUAUCAUUCAGACACCCAGUCGAGGCACCAAGUGCUGGGGUGUGGAUUUCCAGCUUGGUUCCGACGUUCCAGACCCAGGGAUGGUGAAUGAAGGCACCAAAUGUGAUGCUGGAAAGAUUUGUCGGAAUUUUCAGUGUGUAAAUGCUUCUGUCCUGAAUUAUGACUGUGACAUUCAGGGAAAAUGUCACGGUCAUGGGGUGUGUAACAGCAAUAAGAAUUGUCACUGUGAAGAUGGCUGGGCUCCACCACACUGUGACACCAAAGGAUAUGGAGGAAGCGUGGACAGCGGGCCGACAUAUAAUGCAAAGAGCACGGCCCUGAGGGAUGGACUUCUGGUCUUCUUCUUCCUAAUUGUCCCCCUUGUUGCGGCUGCCAUUUUCCUCUUUAUCAAGAGAGAUCAACUACGGAAAACCUUCAGGAAGAAGAGAUCACAAAUGUAUGAGUCAGAUGACAGAAAUCAAGCAAACAUCUCUAGACAGCCAGGAGGUCCAAAUGUCUCCAGACCGCCAGGGGGCCCAGGUGUCUCCAGACCGCCAGGGGGCCCAGGUGUCUCCAGACCGCCAGGGGGCCCAGGUGUCUCCAGACAGCCAGGAGGACCUAGUGUCUCCAGACUGCCACCUGUGCAUGGAAACAAAUUCCCAGUACCAACCUACGCCGCCAAGCAGCCUGCACAGUUUCCAUCAAGGCCACCUCCACCACAACCGAAAAUAUCUUCUCAGGGAAAUUUGAUUCCGGCUCGGCCAGCUCCCGCACCUCCUUUAUACAGCUCCCUCACCUGAUAGUAGGAUAUCACAGUCUUAUUUUUCAAAUGUCUUCAGGGAACUGAGCAAAUGUUUUUUUUUCCUGAUGUUUUCUUGAAAAGCCUUUCUCUUCCAACCAUGAAUGAACACAAACCACCACAGACCAAGCUUUGUUAACACAGGAACCUUGUGGGCAUCGGGAGCUACUGGCCGUGCAGGCACCCCACCAGGGGAUUGAAAACGAACGACUCCAUCAUUAGGAUGUUUCCUUUGGCCACUUGUGAAUUUAAUGCACUUGACGUGGAUUAAGUUAUUUUGAACAUGUUACUGUAAUGAUUUUCAAAUUAACUGUAUUAGUGUAAGAUUUGUCAUUAUGCACUUAAACGUAAUCCUGACUCUUUGACCCCAGUUACCAUUAAUAGUUUCUGGUUGAACAUUUGAAUGUGUAUUAACGUAGGAAGACUAAUUGCCAAUAACAUCUGCAUUUUCAUCUUGCAUGGAUUAACAGCCAUUUAUAUGGACUUAUACCUCUUAAUACACAAAGAAGCAGAUAUCCUGAAGGAGAUUACACAAGAACCACGAUCUCAGAUCAUGAUACACUUGGAAAGUAUGAAAUACUGUAUGUACUCAGUUAUUGGCUUCCAUUUUUCUAUGAUCUUUCAGCUAUAAUAACUAUGAUAGAAAUCGAUUUAACACAAUCAGUUAUUGGCUUCCAUUUUGAAAUAUCUUUAUUUCAUAACGAUUAUGAUAGGAACUGAUUUUAACUCUAAAUUUUCUCUAUGCAUCAUGGGAAAGCGUCACACUAGUGCUGUUUGAAUUGAAGCGCACACUCUAUGGUACGAGGUGUUUACUACACCCAGGCAGACAGGUGUCAAUCGAAGCGGAGCACGGAGGAUACCUUCCAACAUUGAGGUGUUACAAAACCACUUGAGAAUUCACGAGCACUUUAACUCUAAAAUCUGAAUUUCAAAGCUUGAUAUUAAGUCAUUUAGAAUGUUUACAUUUACUAAGGUGUGCUGGAUCCUGUCUCUUUUGACUAAUAUUUUCAUAAAAAUUAGGCUGGAGAAAGGAAGGAAGCAACGGUUUCCUUAGAUAACUACAGAAGUUAUAUUGGUCUCUGUGAUUACUCUCUCAGCUGUAUUAAAAUGAAUUUGUACUUUGAAAGGAAUGAUAUUGACACUAAAAUUUUAAACAUUUAAAUUUUUUCAUAAUCUUUCAUAAAGAAAUUUAAUAAUAGGUAUAUUAACUGAAUUUCAUUAGUUUUUUAAAAUAAUAUUUUGUUUGUGUAUAUAUACAUAUUAAAAUAAAAACAUUUACAACAAAUAAAAUACUUGAAAUUCUU